AUGCUAUCUGGCUUCCACCGAGAUGCUAGUACCUGGCCUCCAAAGCCAGUCAUCAUCAUCACCGGCGGCAACAGCGGCGUUGGCUAUGGCAUCGCGCACAGAUUGAUCAAACAGCUGGGCAAUCCCGAUGCGACGGACAUCGUCGACGCCUUUCCCGAGCAAGUGCCACUCUCAGCAGAAGACAGCAAAGCGAGAUCGCCUUUCUCAACGCCCAAUGGUCUCACGCUCGUCUUAGCGUGCCGCAAUGCGAUCAAGGCCCACCGCGCCUGCUCCAACCUACUCAAGUUGGCCGGCAAGAAGCGACCGGAGGAUUAUCGAGAUCAACAGAUGUGGAAGGCAGAGAGGACAAGGCGCGCAAUGGCUCAAUCUUUCGACAGUGACGAUGACGGGUCCGCGCCAGAAUCCUCAAAGGCGGCUGCGAGCCGACCGAGAUAUCUUACACGCUUAGAAUACAGGCAGCACUGGCUCGAUGGCCUUCGCGUCGAAUUCGUGCCCAUGGAUCUCGCCAGCGUCAUAAGUGUAUUCGGCACCGUUUCCGCAAUUCAGCAAAGGUAUCCAUACGUGACACAUUUGUAUCUCAACGCCGGCUGCGGACCUUUCAUCGGCCUCAACUGGGGCGCAGCGUUCUAUGCGCUCGCAACGGACUACAUCGACAGCGUGACAUACCCCAAAUACCCCAUCGAAAAGACAGGCGAGAUGACCAAGGAUGGCCUGGGAUGGACUUGGCAAUGCAACGUCUUCGGACACUAUCUUCUCGCGAGAGGGUUGCUAGAUCAUCUCAACAAGGCACCCUUGCCAGAUUCGCGCAUCAUUUGGACAGGCUCACUGGACGGGCUACCCGAGUUCUACGAUCCCAAGACGUAUCAGGCUAUCGAAGGUGGCAAGGCCUAUCAGAGCACAAAAUUUCAGAUCGGCUUGCUUGCGUGGGCCUUCAACGCGCUCAUCAAGGCAGAGGCUCGAGGUCACCCGGUGCGCACGCGGAGCUAUCUCUGUCAUCCCGGCGUAGUGGCAGGCAAUAUGUUCUACGAUCUCUUGGGAUGGUUCCUCGAUCUUGGUAUGAGGAUGGCCUUCUACUUGGCCAGAUGGCUUGGGUCGCCCUACCAUUGUAUCAGCGAGUACAAGGCGGGAAUGGCGUUCGUCUUUGUCGGCCUUGCACCCCUCUUCCUGCUCCAUACGCAGCAGGACCGUGCACAGCGACUUGCAAGGCGGCAUCUUACCAGAUCGUCCAACGGGAACGUGCAGAUAUCUGCAAAGGGCGACCAACCUGUCGAUGCGCAGGAGGUCGACUGGCUGCCCACACGUUUCAGUGCACGCUGCUCGCGAGGUGGCAAUGAGUACGUCGGGAUCGAUGUCGUCUUGCCGUCUGCAGAGGAUCCCAGCAGACCAAAGAAGUGGUGGUGGGACGAAUCACUGGCGACAGAUCUCCUCGAGACAUGCGAGAAGCACAGACGGCAAUUCAUAAACGCAAAGUAA